GCUAUCGGUCGAUAAGAGACUUCUCGAUCGCCAGUCCAUUGUUAAUGUUUGCAAAAAUGUGGUGUGUCAUUUUAAUUUUAAAUUUAAUAGUGUGCUCUUACGCACAAACUAUCAACACAUCUUUCAACAUGAGCGUUGCCGGCACCGCAGACGACAACAGCACGCGUAUCAUUGGUGGAAAUCCUACAACCGUGGAAAAGUAUCCGUUCGUUGUACAGAUCCUGUACUCAUCUCAGCUAUCGUGUGGGGGUUCUCUAAUAACUCAGUGGCACGUGCUCUCCGCCGCGCAUUGCUUCGUUGCUGAGAAUGGCCAACAAGUAAGUCCGAUCUACUACAGCGUCAGAAUAGGAUCUUCAUAUAUAAAUAGAGGCGGUCUGCUGCGCAAGGUGUCGCUGGUCGUGGUGCACCAAUCGUACAACACGCCGUUGCGUGACAACGACGCGGCGGUGAUGACUUUAUCGUCGUCCGUGCCGCUGUCGGCAUCUGUGGGGCUCGCUACGUUGCCGAUAGCAAAAGUUGUGGUGCCGGAUGGAACGCCCGUUGUUAUCCUGGGCUGGGGACGGACCAAUGCGUCGGUGGCACAAGGGUCGACGGUGCUGAACGAGGUGCAAGUGUACACUGUGUCGCGCGAAACGUGCGCGGCGCGCUACCAUUUGUUGGAGGCCUCGGGGUAUCUCUACCCCGUCACCGACAACAUGCUCUGUACGGGCUUGCUCGACGAGGGCGGUAAGGACGCGUGUCGAGGCGACAGCGGCGGGCCGGUAGUGGCGAACGGCGUGGUGGUAGGGCUGACGUCGUGGGGAUGGGGCUGUGCGGACCCGACAUUCCCUGGAGUCAACACGCGCGUGGCCGCAUACUUCAAUUGGAUCAACUCCACCGUGUUCGGCGUGGCCUACCCGCGGUCCAACGGCGCCACCUCUCGUCACCUUAGUCUACUACUACUAGCUUUUAGCAUUAUUGCAAUCCGCUAGUACCUCUGUCGGUGAGCGCGUCGUCGACGUAGAGGUCGGCCAUCAGGUCGGCGGCGGGCAGGUCGCGAAGCAGCCGGCGACGCGCAGUGGGGGCCCCGGGAGCCGCGGGGACCCCAGGGAGCGCGGGAGGGGGCUCGGGAGGUGCGGCACUUCGCCAGCGCGCGAACUCUUCGCUCACGGAGAGUCCAACGCUGGCCGGCGCCUCGUCGCGAUGCCUCCUUUCCGUAAAGCGCGCGAAGCAGGCAUCGUCCUCUAAAGCCAGCGUGCGGUCGAUGACCGUGCAGGUCAUAUCCCGCAGCGUGUCCAGGACCAGGUAGCUACGUUCGAACUCGCCUGCUUCGGCCGUCUCGACUGCCUCGCCGGGGCUCGGCCUCGAAUCGCUCUUUAAAAAUAAUAUAACAAUUUACAAACAAUCGCCAUACAAUCGUCGAAUCUUCAUCGAUGUGACUAAUUAAAACUAAAACGACCAAAUUCUCAAAUAAAUAAAAAUGCGUUUUAAACGCUCAUUUUGCUUAAUUGUAUAUAACGUAUAAUGAAUAUUAUAAAAAUUAAAUGUAAUAUUACUUGUAG